AUGUCGUCUGCUAAGCUAGAGAAGGUGCUCGCGCGCCAGAAGACUAAGAUUGAAGAAGGAGACUACUAUGAAGCCCAUCAACAAUUACGGACCGUCGCGAAUCGCUAUGUCAAAGCCAACGACUACACUGCUGCCAUCGACAUUUUGGCUUCAGGGGCUAAUAUGCUGCUGAAGGCUGGCCAAGGUGGCUCAGGCGCCGACUUGUGCAUCUACCUUAUGGAAACUUACAACAAGGGCGAUGUCAAGCCAGAUGCCGCGAGUAAGGCAAGACUGGUCACAUUGCUGCGGGCCUUCCCUCACAACGAGCCGUCCAAGAAAAAAUUCGUGGGUGGAGUGGUAGAAUGGUCUAGCAAGACUGGUGAAUUUCCCGCAGGUGACCCUGACCUACAUCACGUCAUUGGCUCGCUAUAUGCUCAAGAAGGAGAGGUCUACGAAGCUGAACUUCACCUGACUCUCGGAACAUCAGAGUCGCCUGCUGUAUUCAGUGACCUCGAGUACACCUGGUACGCUAGUAGCGAUGAGCCCAGUAGUGCAGCCUCCUACGCUGCUCGCUGCGUAUUUCCUUACCUGCUCAUUUUCAACACACGCGCCGCGAACAAAGCCUUUUUGCUCUUCACCAGCGCCCUCUCUGCAGCACACCCGAACGGUCUGGGCGUACAAAGUAUCUCCAGCCCGUCUGCCGAUAUCCGUAUCUACCCUUCCCUCCCGCUCCUGAAUUUCAUCGGGCUUCUCCUUCUUGCCUGCCAGCGCGGUGGUACCGAUCUGUACAAGCAGCUCAGGGCCCACUAUGCCGCGAAUUUGAAGGAGAUGCCACAGUGGGAGGAACCCUUGGCGCACAUUGCAGAGAAGUACUUCGGAAUCAAACUUCCCAGCGCGGGCGGCGGCAAUCCCAUGUUGGACAUGAUGACGAACAUGAUGAUGGGAGGAAACAAUCCUUUUGCGGCGGCGAGAGGGAAAAAGGACCAGGGCCGGCUUGGUGGUGGCGGACCACCAGCUCCUGGAGUCGAUUGAUUGGCAGUCAGCGAUAAGGAAAGGAAAGAUCGUAAUGGCUCAGUAAUAUGGAACAGGGAUGAUGCCGAAGUCAUGAGUCGGCGGUGUUUCGGAAGCG